CCCGUCUCGAAGGGGAGAAUUCAGGCUAAACACCAACGGGUCAUUUGGAGGCAUAGACGGCCACUGGGCGGACGCAGAGGACGUGUCUUGGUUUAACUUGUAUCGAACAAAAGAGGAAUAAUGCUGCUUCGUAAAGUGGGUCAGUCCGCUCUGUGCGGCUCUAUUCUCAGGAUUCCUCCGGUGCUGUCAGGAGGUCAGCGACAUGCCGGGGCUGUGAUUGCUGUGCAAAACGCUCGUCUCUACGCAAGCCAAGCUGCAGAGGCGGUUCUGGAGAAGCCAGCAGCAGUCGGCAGUGACACCGCCACAAAAGUGGAAAAGAAGGCAGUGGCUACAGAAUCCAAAUCAUUCGCCGUCAACAUUUUCAAGGGGCAGAUCGCGACUGCCCAAGUGUUCCCCUACCCCUCAGUGAUGAACGAGGAGCAGGAGCAGUUUCUUCGAGAGCUUGUGGGGCCCGUGUGCAAAUUCUUUGAGGAGGUAAACGAUCCUGCCAAGAACGAUGUGUUGGAGAAGGUAGAAGAUCACACCAUGGAGGGCCUGAAGGAGAUGGGUGCCUUCGGUCUGCAGGUGCCUGCUGACCUCGGUGGCCUCGGCCUCUCAAACACACAGUAUGCCCGGCUGGUUGAGAUUGUUGGCAGUCACGACCUCGGUGUUGGAAUCACUCUGGGUGCCCACCAGUCCAUCGGCUUCAAGGGCAUCCUGCUCUUUGGGAAUCCAGCCCAGAAGGAGAAGUACCUGCCGAAGCUCGCCACAGGUGAGAAUAUAGCCGCCUUCUGUUUGACUGAACCAGCCAGUGGCUCUGAUGCCGCCUCAAUCAAAACCGUAGCUGUCCAGUCCCCCUGCGGACAGUACUUCACCCUCAAUGGAAGCAAGAUCUGGAUCAGCAAUGGCGGUCUGGCUGAGAUCUUCACAGUGUUCGCCAAAACCCCCAUGAAGGACCCCAAGACUGGGGAGAUGAAGGACAAGAUCUCAGCCUUCAUCGUGGAGAGGAGCUUCGGAGGAGUGACACAUGGGCCUCCUGAGAAGAAGAUGGGCAUCAAGGCGUCCAACACAGCUGAGGUCUACUUCGACAACGUUCGCGUGCCAGCCGACUGCUUGCUUGGCGAGCUGGGCGGAGGUUUCAAGGUGGCCAUGAACAUUCUGAAUAACGGACGCUUCGGCAUGGCAGCCGCUCUCUCCGGCACUAUGAAGGGAGUCAUCACCAAAGCUGUGGAUCAUGCAGCCAACAGAACCCAGUUUGGGAACAAGAUCCACAACUAUGGAACUAUCCAGGAGAAGAUUGCCCGCAUGACCAUGCUACAAUAUGUCACCGAGUCAAUGGCCUACAUGAUCAGCGGCAACAUGGACAGUGGAGCGUCUGAAUUCCAGAUAGAAGCAGCCAUCAGCAAGAUCUUCGCCUCUGAGGCGGCGUGGAGUGUGACUGACGAGUGUAUCCAGGUUAUGGGCGGCAUGGGUUUCAUGAAGGACACCGGAUUGGAGAGAGUGAUGAGGGAUCUGAGAAUCUUCCGAAUCUUCGAGGGCACCAACGACAUCCUGAGGCUCUUUGUGGCACUCAAUGGCUUCCAGAACGCUGGUAACCAGCUGAAGAGCUUACAGAAGGCCUUGAAGAACCCUAUCGGCAACGCUGGGCUGCUCGCAGGAGAAAUCACAAAGAGAGCCAAAAGGAAGGCAGGUUUGAGCACAGGUCUGACGCUGCAGGGAACUGUGCAUCCUGAGCUGGCACACAGCGGAGAACUGACAACCAAAGCGAUUGAACAGUUCGGAGCGGUCAUUGAGGAGCUGCUGAUCAAACACGGCAAGAAGAUUAUUGAUGAACAAUUUGUCCUGAAGAGGGUCGCUGACACUGCAAUUGACCUCUACGCCAUGGUGGUGGUCCUGUCCAGAGCAUCACGCUCUCUGAGUCAGGGCAGCACCUCAGCUCAGCACGAGAAGAUGCUGUGUGAGACCUGGUGUGCCGAGGCCUACGAGAGGAUCAUGAGUGACAUCAAGACUCUGCGCUCCAGCGAGUCCAGAAAGCUCUUCAAGAACAUGCGGACUAUCUCUGCAGCCGUGGUGGAGAACGGAGGAGUGGUGGCUCCUCACCCGCUGGGUUUCUAAACACACGACGCUCCCUAUAUCUUCAUAUCUGUUUUUUUUUUUUUUCUCACUCUUCAACAUCUCCAUCCGUGGCCAGGGUCAUGUAUGACAACCCCUCUCAGACUAAAACAGCUCUGUUAGCAUUAGCUCCAUCACACAUUGGUACGCUUAUAUCUGCUUUGUGUAUUUAAGCUUUCAUGGAGUGAGAUGCACCUACAACUUUGGGCUGAAUGAUUCAUGGCUUCUACACAGAGAAGUGAAGAAAACUGAAGCUAAAGCGAUAUCAUGGUUAGCUUAGCCUAGCAUGAAGACUGGUAACUUAAGAAUGGCAAGUCUAACAAAGCUAGCAAACUUGAGCUAACUUGCCACAAAAUUGUUUGUGAAUGUGUUUAUUUGCUGUAACGUCGAGAGUUAGCUUCAUGAGCAGAACGUUAUAACUCAAUUAAAUCUGAAGCUAACGCUAUGAUAUGAUUAGCUUAGCUUGACAUGAAGGCUGGUAAGUAGAAAUAGGCUAACCUAAAUUAAGCUCAAAAUUGAUUAAAACUUGAGAUAACUUGCUAUAAAAGUGUUUUGGGAAUGUGUUUAUUUGCUGUAACAUUGAGAGUUAGCUAGAUAAAAAGAACGUAACUCAAAGUUGAAGCUGAAGCUAUGACAUGGUUAGCCUAACCUGGCAUAAAGAGAGGAAACUGGAAAACGUCUAACCUAAUAAAGCUAGCUAAUAAAAUUGGCUAAUCUUUAGCUCAAAAUUGAGUAAAACUGGAGCUAACUUGCUACAAAAGUGUUUGGGAAUGUGUUUAUUUGCUGUAACAUUGAGAGUUAGCUACAUGAGCAGAACAUUAUAACUCAAUUAAAGUUGAAGCUAAAGCUAUGACAUGGUUAGCUUAAUCUGGCAUAAAGAGUGGAAACAGGAAAAUGUCUAGCCUAACAAAGCUAGCUAAUGAAAUUGGCUAACGUUUAGCUCAAAAUUGAGUAAAACUAACUUGCCAUAAAUGUAAAUAUUUGCUUUAAUGUGGAGAGUUAACAAGAUGAGCAGAUUGAUUUAUUGAACAUUUAAACUAUUAAAUUUGAAGCUAAAGCUAUGAUAUGGUUAUCUUAGUCUAGCAUAAAGACUGGAAUAAAGCAAACAGAACAAAGCUAGCUCACAAAAUUUGCUAACGUCUAGCUCAAAAUUGAAAAAACUUGAGCUAACUUGCCAUUAAAGUAAACAUUUUUUUUAAUUUAUUCACAAUUUUCACAAACAAAACUUAUUGUUCCGCUGUACUGCAAUUGAUUUCAGUCUUUGUGAACCUGUUUUUCCUUCAAUUAUUUAGUUUUGACUCAAGACCUCAAGAAUUUGAGCUGGAGUUUCAGUCUGCAUGAAUUAAUAACGUGUAAAAUUGGUCUAAUCAUUCAGCCCUGACUACCAGGUGCAUCUCAACCAGCUGAUGACUGAAUGUCUCCAAUGUGUGCAUGGAGCUCUUAAACGCAGCCUUCACUCUAUCUCAGCCUUCAUGACUGUAGCCGACUGAAUGAUCUCAUUUAAUCUGUCGAAAGUUACGGUGUCAUUUUUGUCUUUUGGUGGGAAAAAAUAAAUACAACAAUAAUGCAUCUUUCGGAUAAAGAGGCCAGUUACUAGAAGAAGCUUUAAACUUAUCUGUUUAUAGCGAUUUUAAUUUAUACACAAAAGUAUUUGAACGACAGUUUUUUUUUUCCUUCUUUGAUUUAUCUGCAUUGUGUUCAAAUGUAUAUAAUGGUGUGGUGUUUAUGUAUGAUAUAAAUGCCUUUCUGCAUGUCAAGCUGACUUGGUGCUCAUCACGGAAACAUUAACAUCCUUUGCCUUAGAAUCCGGUCCACAGAUGCAGUUCGAAGUUCCUUUUUUAAAUACUGAUGCAGCUCAGCAACACUCUUCACUAAGGGCCAUCAUGUUAACUUCCAAAGUGCAGGAGUUUUAUUUUAUUUGACUUAAGGUAGCAGGCAUCAUUUACUGUAUUAUAGAAAAUAAGACUGCAUACCGGUUGGUUUUUAGAAGCAAUUUCUUGUACGAUAAAUGCACUUGGUGGUGUUUUAAUCUGCUGUAUCAAAGCUUUCAUUAAACUUAAAUUAGGUCUGCACAUUCUCGUACUGUGACAAACUAUGCUGCUUUUAAGUUUGGACACUUAGCGUGCAUUGUGCCGGUUAAAUACCAGAUAGGAUCACAUGCUUCUUGUGUUGCCAAAAAAGAAUGUUUUGGUGGAGUCUGAGUUUGUACAGAUCUACUUUGAGAUUGUGGGUUAACAGCACAUUUAUUUGGAUCAAUAAAUAAAGUAUUCAUCUGUC